AUGGGGAAUACAUCUGGAGUGAAUCGUGAAGAUGAAAGCUCUAGGUCGAAACAAACCCAUAAUGACAAACCUGAAAAUUCAACAAAGGAUCUUAAUUUCUCUACAGAGGGGUCUAUCUCUCCUGACCAGCUUAAGGAGUUAAUCAAGGAGACUAUCAAAGACCAAGUAGGGGGUGGAAGUCAAGCAUCCAUUGCCUACGCUAAACCAUACACUCAAAGGAUAGAUCUCUUGAGGAUGCCUCAAAACUAUCAGCCACCAAAGUUCCAACAAUUUGAGGGUAAAGGCAAUCCAAGGCAACAUGUAGCUCACUUUGUGGAAACUUGUAACAAUGCUGGAACUUAUGGGGAUCUCAUGGUCAAGCAAUUUGUUCGCUCUUUGAAGGGAAAUGCGUUUGAUUGGUAUACCAACCUAGCGCCUGGCUCCAUUGAUAGUUGGAAUCAAAUGGAGCGAGAAUUCCUAAAUCGUUUUUAUAGUACUCGGCGUACUGUUAGCAUGAUAGAACUCACCAAUUCAAAGCAGUGGAAAGAAGAGCCUGUCAUUGAUUACAUUCAACGGUGGAGAAAUCUUAGUCUCAAUUGCAAGGAUCAAUUAUCUGAAGCGUCUGCAAUUGAGAUGUGCAUUCAAGGAAUGAAUUGGGCUAUAAGCUACAUUCUUCAAGGAAUAAAGCCUAAAACAUUUGAAGAAUUAGCAACACGUGCUCAUGACAUGGAGCUUAGUAUUGCUUCUAAUGGUCACCAAGGCCCACCUGUUCAAGAACCCUACAAUGGGAGAGAAAGACAAGAUACUCGCAAAGGGGGCAAAUUCCCUCCUAAACUGGAAAACAAACAGUCUUUGAUUGUAACUACUGCUCCUCUCAAAGUUCUAGUUAAACCUAAGAUAAAAGAACAAACAUAUGCUCUCACACAAGAGAGAAGAAGAAGACCAACCUUACAAGAAAUGCAAGAAAAGAAAUAUCCAUUCCCUGAUUCCGAUAUCUCUAACAUGUUGGAUCAUCUACUUGAGUUGAAGUUGAUUGAGCUACCGGAGAUGAAACGUCCUGAAGAGGCUGACCAAACAAAUGAUCCCAAGUAUUACAAGUAUCAUCGCCUCAUAGGCCACCCCAUAGAACAAUGCUUUGUGUUGAAAGAUAAAAUCAUGGAGCUAGCCCAUCAAGGAAAGAUCACAUUUGAUGAUGAAGUUGCAACUGCCAAUCUAGCCAUGGUAGCCUCAACAACCACUUUUACUUAUUUCACCAUUCAAUUUGGCUCAUUUGAGCCUAUUGAGGUGAAAAUGGCUUUCUCCCCAGUGCCAGUUCCCGAGGAUUAUAUCUUUUCAUCUCUUACAUGUUAUCAAAUAAGUGGUGAAGAAGACUCUUCAGAUAGUGAGGAAGAAAUAGAGCGAGCUAUUAUGUAUAGAGCAUAUUGGUCUUCAAUCAUUUUCACUGAUGAUGAUCGUUUGUUGGGAUCCAAGAUUCAUAAUCGUCCCUUAUUUGUGACUGGCUACAUUCGAGAACAAGAAGUCAAUCGUAUCCUUAUUGAUGGUGGAUCUGCAGUUAAUAUCCUUCCACUCAAAAUAUUGAAAGAACUUGGAAUCUCAUUGGAUGAACUACUUCCCAGUAAAUUGAUGAUUCAAGGCUUUAAUCAAAGUGGACAAAGAGCUAUUGGAAAGAUUAGACUUCAUAUGCUCAUCGGUGAAAUGGAAUCAAGUGCACUCUUUCAUGUCAUUGAUGCCAAGACCACUUACAAAGUGCUUAUGGGAAGACCAUGGUUGCAUGAGUAUGGUGUUGUGCCAUCUACAUAUCACCAAUGCUUUAAAUAUUUCCAAGAUGGACAAGUUAAGAAGAUAGUAGCUGAUCACAAGCCUUUUACUGUAGCUGAAUCACAUUUUGCUGAUGCAAAAUUUUACUUGGAAGAUGAUACACCAGAAGAAGCACAAGUCAUUGUUUCACAAUCUAGCAAAGAUGUAAACCUCCACUACAAAACUUCAAGGAUUGACUCUCUAGUUUAG